AUGGAGCCCUCACGAGUCACCGACCCUGUCGGCUCCGUCUCAAUCAGGCGGGUCCAGAUCUGCUGGUCCCGUGUCAGAGGAGCACCGAGCUCGAGCUCGACGUUUGAUAUCAAGGCAGACUGGGUGUCCUGGGAUGAUGCUACGUGGACUUUGAAAUCCACCAAGCCGCUGCCAGGGGUAUUUACUGCGUGGCUACCGCAGUCCAACGGCUAUUUUGGCCUCGCACAAGGUUCUUUGGGGCCGUUCUAUGAGCGCAGCCGUCGAAAUGAUUCCGAAGGAUGGCCGUCUUAUAGCAGUCCUCGAAGAACGUUCGCCACGGUCACGGGAUUCUGGGGCAGUCGACCCAGCACGCUUGAGCCCGGGGAGCUGGGCGAGAGUUUCAUCUCCGGUGUGCCGCACUUCACCGAUUUGCUCGUCGAGGCAUGUGGCAGUGUCCUUGAUGGAGACGUAAACGUAUUCGAGAUCACUGAAUUCGAGUCAACGCUGUCUUUUAAGACAGGAAUACUCACAUGGUCAUAUGUCUGGAAUCCUCCAAAGUGUGCAGAGGGCCGGAAGGUACUGGUAUCUUACGAAUCUUUGGCGUCGCUGGCCGAACGACGUCUGGCAGCUGUGAAACUGGUCGUCUCCAGCGAGCAGGGCCUCGACGACGUACAUAUCAUUGAUAGACUGGACAACCAGUCAGCUUUGCGCACGACAACCGUCAAGACGUGGGUGAAUCUGACCAGCAGUCAGAUCGUUUCUGCUGUUUCACCAGAUGGACUUGACCAUGUCAUGGCGUACGUGCUGUCAUCGACGGUUGGGGACGAGUUAUUGUGCCUUGAAGACAAGGACGAAUACUCCAGCGACUUCGUUUCGGUCUUCAAUGACCUAGAAAAUUCGGGGGCAGCCAAUUCAUCUAAGACCGAGUCCGAGUCCGUCUCCUCGACGCAGCGGUAUGGGUUUCAAUCCGGCUCACAGUCCGCAACGGUCUACAAGUACGCAGGUAUUGCCUCGUCAGAGCAUUAUGGGUCGGACACAGAGACGGUGGUAUCGGACGUUGUGUCGUCUGCUAUGAACCGCGGAUAUAGUAUUCUACGCGAGGAGCACAGCGCUGAAGUGGGCAGACUCAUGAGUGCAGACUUCGUCGCUGAUUUCAGAGAUCCGGUGACAGGAUCGCUCCCAACAGGCGACGACGUAGUAGAAGCUUUACAGAUCACAGCCAUCUCUUCCGCUUACUAUCUUUAUACGAGUCUCAUUCCGUGGAGUCCGACGCGUGAUGAGAACCCAAGCACUUGCAUUGCGUGCAAUUCUCUCGCCGUGGGUGGUCUAGUCUCCCAAACGUACGGAGGCAAGAUUUUCUGGGACGCUGAUCUCUUCGUGGCUCCCGCCAUCCAGGGAGUGCAUCCCAAGUUGGCAAGACAAUUCCCGCUGUAUCGUAUCAACCGGGCAGAGCAGUCUCGGAAGAACACCGAAAGGCACGGCCUGAAAGCAGGAAGCAUGCUUUAUGCGUGGACAAGCGGUCGACAUGGACAAUGCUACAACAUGUCUGCGCCCUGCAUCAUGUACCAGUAUCACCUCAACGCCGACAUUGCGUUGAGUAUGACCAUGGGUCGGAACACGAGCGGCGACAGGAACUGGUUUGACCAGCACGGGGCGGUAGACGUGAUCGACGGCGUAGCCUUAGGUCUAAGCGAUGUUCUUACACGACGAGAGGACACUGGUCACUGGGGCAUUGACGUGAUGGCCGAUGCUGACGAGUACUACAUGUGGAUCGCAGACGGUUCAUUCACUGGGACUGCAGUCAGCACUCUUCUACAACUCGCCUCGGAGGCUCGCCAUGCACGAGGCAUCCCACUCGAGCCAGACUGGCUUGACCAGCUGGAGCACAUGUCCAUACCCACUUCGGAGGAUGAUGUCGUUCUCGAGUUCCAGGGCAUGACGAACGAUGUCUUCCCCAAGCAGGCAGACGUCAUCCUGUCCCACUAUCCCUACGACUACAAGCGGAAUUUCUCACUCGCCAAGUACCGAGCUGCUAUGGACUUCUACGCGGUCCGGACGGAUCCGCACGGCCCAGCCAUGACGUGGAGUAUGUAUGCCAUCGUAGCCAACUCCCUAGCCACCUCAGGGUGCGCAUUCUGGACAUAUCUAGUCAAAUCAUUCCAGCCAUACAUCCGCGGCCCAUGGUACCAGUAUUCCGAACAGCAAGACGACGAGCCCGGCAUCCCGGAUCCCCUGACGGGGAACGCCAUCAACCCAGCGUUUCCGUUCCUCACCGGCCACGGCGGCCUCCUGCAGAUAUUCACGGCGGGCUUCCUCGGCCUGCGCGUCACGCACCGGAACCUGCUGAUCAACCCAUCCCUCCCUCCCCAGCUCCGCAACUUCAAGCCACACAUCCAGUUCUACAACGGCGCCGUCGUCAGUUUCCGCAUGAACCGCACGCAUACUUCGAUCACGCGGCACGAUGCAUCCCACUUCGACGGUCUGGUGCCAGACCAGUAUGGUAAGGAGGAUAUGCCCGUUACCAUCGGUCGAGACGUGAACGACCCCGACGCGCGGACGGUAUUCUUGCGCAUUAAUGACACUGCGGUCGUAGAGAAUAGGUUGUAUGAUACGGAGGUCGCUGUGCCGGGCAACAUAUUGCAGUGUCACAGCGCAAGCUCGACGCAUGGCGAGCUAGCGUUUGCAGCAACGGAUGGAUACGGAGGCACCUUUUGGCAGUCCGAUGCAAGUAAUGUUACAGCCGCACUUGUAGUGGACAUUGGAUCUUCGCAGGCGCCGCGGCUGCUGGAGGCUAUUCAGCUGGACUUCGCUAUGCGACCGCCAAAACAUGCCAAGGUGUCGGUUUCGAAUAGCUCGGAUUUCGAGCCUGCCAUUGUGCUUGCGGAGGAAGACAUCAGCAUCACGAAGCCAUGGGUUCCGGACUCGCCGGUGGUGAGAUAUGUUGGCAACAUUACCACCAUCCAGCUCACUAGCGCAAUAUGGAGUGGUGCAUUUGCGAAACUCGAGGUCACCGGAUCCUGGACAGAUGAUGGUGCUGGGGCAACGGUUGCUGAGUUUGUGCUCCUGGCCGCAGAUUCCCACGAAACCCAGUUUUGA